GCUAAUUGUGUGUGUGGUAUGUCAUUGGUUUGAUGCCAUUCUAGCUGAAAUGCAAUUUUUAUUUCCACGGAUAAAUCUCCACGUGGGUCUUUAAAAAUAGAAUUUGUUUCCAUUUAACAGAAAGCAAUUUCCUGCAAGAUGGAUUGUUUCUAUGGAAAUACUUUUGGUGGUACAGAUAUUCAGCUCCUGAAAGGGGAUAGAGGAAACUGUAGCAGUGAGUGAUAAUAAAAGGUAGAGAAAAACUAAGAAUAGAGAGUGGGGGAAAUCAUAAAAAUGCCAUAGAAGCUAAUGAGAUUAGAGAGAAUGGAGAAAGAGGAAACACAGUUUUUGGACAAUAGCAGAACAGCCACAAAAAUACAGAAGAAUAGUCGCUAAAGAAAAUACAAAGGAUAAAAAUAAAACAUGUGACACCAACAAUAGAAAAAUCAUGGCAUUCAUUGAGACAGCUAUGAAAAAAUCUUGCUAGAUUGUUGAAGAUAGAAUAGUUAACAAAAAUUGUGAAACAUUUCACAAAAUGAUUAACUUUACCAACAGAUUUUUUUCUAGUGCAUUACAGCUGUAAGAAUUGUAUGCACCAUGUUUUCUACAGGAGUUAUUAUUUUGUUGUUGCCUGUGUUUGUGGUUUUAAUAAUUCAAGUCUCCAGUGCCUCCUUAUUCUUUACAAAGGUGAUAAGGGCACAGGAGGGCGGGAUCUCACCCUCUCUCUUGGUCUCUGUGGGUGGGAGAUAAGUGGGGAAGUGGCAGCUCUGCAGUAGCAAGCAGACCAUAGGCAGCUAGAGCAAAUGGAGCACCGCAGAGAAACAAGAACUGCAAAUUUCUAGGAGAUUUCAAUGAGAUGAGGGAAUUUAAUUGAAGAGUAAAAGGAGAACAAACAGCUGUUUCACGUGAACUGGAUGGAAGGAGGUUGCAGAGCAGAACAGUGUUUGCAGCUCGUAAGAGAUAUGAGAUAUAGCUGAUAAGUGGAUUUAUCAUGAUAGCAACAGGAGGGCUUCUUCGUAUUUCAGCCAGAAGACAAGAUUCCUUUCGAUCACGUAAUCGUGUUAUUAAGCACAAAAGGAAAGCAAAAAAGAAAUGCAAGAGUGAUGUAGUGGUGGUGAAAGGCAAAUUGAAACUGUUCUCCAUUUCUGGACUGAUUGCUGCAUUUGGAAUCCUGGUGUUGUUGGUAGGGAUAGCAAUGACAGUGAUGGGCUACUGGCCUAAGGGCACUGACAUUUUUGAGACUAUCAAGGUUCAAUCUUACAAUACCACCAAUAACACUAGUUUAGAGACUACAACACUGGAGAUUAUUUCUAAUUUUUUAGCCAGCUACUUAUAUUCUGAAAAGCUGAAGGUUUUGGGACCCCUCAUUAUGGGAAUUGGUAUAUUUUUGUUUAUCUGUGCCAAUACAGUGCUUCAUGAAAAUAGAGACAAGAAAACCAAAAUAAUUAAUAUACAAGACAUCUAUUCUACAGUUAUAGAUGUACAUAAUUUGAGGACAAAGGAUUGUGGGCCGCUUAAUGGUUUUGUCAACUACGUGCAGUCCAAAAGCAUGGAUAAUCUCAAAUCUCCUGAUUCUUUUUGUGCAGCAAUGUUGGCCAAAAGUACCUGGCGGACACCCGUUGGUAAUACUGUAAAGCCUAUGGAUCCAAAAGAAAAUGUUGGUAAAAAGCACUGCGAUUUUGUAGCAAACUUGCAGCAACAAAUCCCCAAAGAUAGAAAGACAUUCUCCGAUACUGUGUACAGUAUUUGCAGAGACAGAAUCAGAAUGAAUGAUAAAAGCCAAAUGCCCCAAAUGUGCGGAGCUAAGUCAAUUGUCACUUCUUCCAUCAGUGCAUUCACACUGCCUGUCAUCAAACUGAACAACUGUGUCCUGGAAGAGGGUGCUGCCACAAAUGGGAAAAAUGGGAAUGAAACACAGACUUCAGAAAAAUGUAAUGAAACUCAACAAGCAUUUGACCAUUUUGCCUCUGAUCAGAUUGAAACGAUUGAAUCGAUUUCAGCGGAUAUAACCAUAAGCAAUGAUCACCUUGGAGAUAAUAACAAGAGCGUAGAAACGGAGACUUCAAAUACCUCGUGGUUAAAUGGUAACCAGUUGGUAUCUAACAAAAGCUCUCAAAAUCCCUCUUCCCAAGUGUCCCAAAUUUCUCCUGUUCCAUUUCAGAGAACAGGAUCCAAUCUUUCUCUCCACACUUUAUCAAUUCACUCUAAACUCAUGAAUCUUGAUGACUAUCCUUCCACAUCCACGAUGCAGGAUGAAGGGAUAGAUCCAAGCUGCACACAUUUAGAUUGCACCAACAGUAAGGGCUACAUAAAGUUAGGUGAUGAGGACUCAUUUGAGUCUUCUGUUGUACUACCAGAAGCCAUAGAUAAGUCUAGUGAUGAUUGUAUAGAGAAUCUUAAUGAAGAUAUCAUACAAGAAAGUAUAAUGCCAAGCAAUGAACAAAAGAUGGAUAAACCUCAAAGGUGUGUUCAGAGACAGUACACAAAGAGAGAGAAGUUGCUCAUGAUUUCCAGUUCACACAAUACCCUACAAAUAGAUGAUGAUGAAAUUGAUAGUAAUUAGUAAUAGUAUAAUUGUACAUAGUUGGGUUCAGACACAAACAUGCAGCGAAAACUGUAACAAAUGAAAAGUAUAUGUCACUUUUCUGUAGCUAUUGAUUACUGAAUGUCAGUCAGGCUCCAAAGACUCCUAGAUUAUUAUUGUGGAACUAAGCAUCCAGUUUCUUUAGUUGCUUCCAAAUGUAAAUGCAUCAAUCAUUGGGUGGCAAUUGUUUAUCUCAGUUAAACACCAACUGAGAGUUUUUAACAUAAUCAGAUAUUUGUAAACAGAUUGUGAACAUUGAACAUUCAAUCAUCCUAGGAUUGUAGUUUACAGUUUUGAACCAUCAAAAUAAGCCGAUUAACUUGUACUGAAUUCUAUACUCUGAUAAAUCAAAGGAUAUAUAGAUAUCUUGUAUAAGCACAUAAUGCACUAAACCACACAUAAAUGUGAUAUUGAAAAGCA